AUGGUGGUGGCUCACAAACUAAAUGGCAGCAACUAUCUUCAAUGGUCUCAAAGUGUAUUAAUGUAUCUACGUGGGAAGCAUAAGGAGAAGUAUAUCAAUGGAGAAGCAAAACAACCGGCACAUAAUGAUCCUAAUUUUGACACCUGCCAAGGAGAUCUGGAUGCUGCUAGACGCACUUACGCUACAUUAGACAACACUGCUGCCUUGUUAGAUCUGAGGAGGCAACUCAAGGAUCUAAAGCAAGGAAACUUGAUUGUAACACAAUACUACAGCACCCUGAUAAAGAUAUGGCAGCAAUUGGACCUCUUUGAAGUACAUCCGUGGAAGAAUAUUGAUGAUGCUAAUUAUUACAGACAACUAGUUGAAAAAGGUCGAACUUAUGACUUCCUAUUGGGCCUGAAUGAUGUUUUUGAAGAAGUGAGAGGCAGAAUUAUGGGUCUAAAACCCCCUCCAUCCCUAUUUGAAGUCUUCAGUAUGGUUAAGUUCGAAGAAAGCCGGAGACACCUCACUCAAGGUAACCAAACUCCAAUAGAUGGCUCCACAUUAGCCACAAGAAGUUCCCAAACAUCAGAGAGCUCUGAAAGAAGAGGGAACAAGUGGUGCAAUCACUGUAACAAGAAGGGCCACACCAGAGAUGAAUACUGGAAACUGCAUGGAAAACCAACCCCCAAGGAGACAGAAACAACGCAAGAUGGAAAGAGCCACCACACCUCCUCCGAGGAAGAAGUGAUGAUGGAGAACCAUUUGACCAGAAGAACUUCAAAUGCUUCGUAA